CAAACUAAACCAAAAGAAGCGAGUUCAUUGUAGGAAUCAUAUAUUCAGGGGGUCCAUUUAUCUACAUGUAAAUGGAGGGCUGUGGAGGAACUCGCAACUGAUAAAACAGAAAAAACAACACCCCCAAACAUUAAAGAUUUAUUAUAUUUAUAUAUAAUCCUCUGUAUUCUGAAUAUCUUCUUGAUCACCAUCGGGAUUGAUGGAGCUGAGGUCUGUUCAUUCACCUUCUGUGAGCUGCAGCAUACCUAAAAGUGGAUCCUUGAUACUAACUCCAUUUUUAAAUGGUCAUUUUGUUAAGUUAACACAUUUCAAGAAAUACCCCGAUGCUAGAAAACUUAGUUUGUUUAACUACAGAGCUCAAGCUUCAGUUGCGACCAGAUCAUCUUCAGUUGCUGUUGAAGCAAUUCCACAGGAUAUCAACUCGACAGAUGAAAAUGUUGUUUUUGUUGCUGGUGCCACUGGUAAAGUUGGCUCACGGACAGUUAGGGAGCUUUUGAAAUUAGGAUGCAAAGUUCGAGCUGGUGUACGGAGUAUAAAAAGAGCAGAAUUUCUUCAGAAGAGUGUUCAACAAAUGAAACUUGAUGGUGGUGCAGAUGAUGAAACUCAAUUUAUGAAGAAUUUUGAGCUUGUAGAGUGCGAUUUGGAGAAAACGGAUCAAAUUGGACCUGCAAUAGCCAAUGCAUCAACUGUCAUCUGCUGCAUUGGGGCCAGUGAGAAGGAGAUAUCUGAUAUUACAGGACCUUAUCGAAUUGACUAUCUGGCCACUAAAAAUCUUGUUGAUGCAGCAACUGCUGCAAAGGUCAGCCACUUCAUAUUGGUUACAUCCCUGGGAACAAAUAAGUUUGGAUUUCCUGCGGCUAUACUAAAUCUGUUUUGGGGAGUCCUCUGCUGGAAGAGGAAGGCGGAAGAAGCACUCCUUGCAAGUGGUAUCCCCUACACUAUUGUAAGACCUGGAGGUAUGGAGCGGCCAACUGAUUCUUACAAGCAAACUCAUAACCUUACUCUUUCACUUGAAGAUACUCUCUUUGGUGGUCAGGUGUCAAACCUUCAGGUGGCUGAACUCUUAGCAUUUAUGGCCCAAAAUCGUAGCCUUUCAUAUUGUAAAGUGGUGGAAGCAAUAGCAGAAACUACAGCCCCAUUAACUCCUAUGGACAAGCUCCUAGAAAAGAUACCACCCCAAAGAGUUGAAGUCAAAUUGCCUAAGAAAUCAAGCACUACAGAUAGCCCUCAGCCUUCAGUUUCCAAAAGCACUGUUGCGGAAACUUCAAGUACUUCCUUGGAGGAAAAAUCAACCGAAGAAAAAGAAACUGUAACAAGGCCACUCUCUCCAUAUAUCGCUUAUGCUGAUCUUAAACCACCCACAUCUCCAUCUCCAAAGUCACCUGGUGAUAGUAAAAAAGUUACUGCAUCAACACCUGUUGCAGAAACAGACGGUGUCAUAACACCGGAAAUCAUCACUAGUAUUCCUGAACACAGUCCAGGAGUGCUAGAAAAACCAAAAGAAAGGCCCUUGUCUCCCUAUGCCGCAUACGAUGAUCUAAAGCCACCAUGCUCUCCUUGCCCAACACCUAGUGGUCCCAAAGAGACACCAUCUAUUACAGAAAUUCCAGAAGCCAGUAAUAUAUCAGAGGUUAAAACUGUCAGUGUUGCUGAAUAUGAUCCUCUUCCCGUAACAAAUUACUGCCAUUCACCCUACUCUGCAUAUGAAGAUUUUAAGCCUCCAACAUCACCAUCACCUAGUUCACCAAUAAUCACACAAUCAGCAGCAUCCCCUGUGAUUGGUGGAUCAACAAACGGCACAGCUCAACCUCCGUGCACUGCACCACAAUCUAGGCCACUUUCACCUUUCCCAAUGUACGAGGAUUUGAAGCCACCAACUUCUCCGACACCUCCACAACCAAAAUAAUGAGGAAAAAAAAUCAUCAAUCGACACAUAACGAGGUCUUGCUACUAUGUUAUUGCAGGUGGCAUUUUGGCUAUUGAUGCUAAAAGGGACAAGCAAAAGGAAGUUGUAGAUAUGUAUCAAUGUACUACAUUACUUGGGUGUUCUUCCACAACUAUAUCUUGAUAUGAUCAUCGUUUCAUCACACUACACUUCGAAAAGAAAUUACUAUGUGGAGCCGAAAUAUCCGGUUUGAUUCUCAAUCUGUUAUUCUGUGCGAAAUGUGAGGCUCCACCAAAUGCAAGUUCGAAUAAUCUUACUUUUGCAUGAAGGGUGUGAUUUUGAGUCAGCCCGGUUCUGUCCGAAUUUGAGGAACCGGAUUGGAUUGUGCGGUUCAAACCAGCUCAAAUGGUUAUUUUUUGGUGAUGUGAUUCAAACCAUCUCAAGACUCAAAUGAUUAGGAAUAUAGUUUUUUUUUAAUUUUUUUUUUUUUUGCCAGAUUAAUGUUUUCUUUUUAAUUUUCUGAUUAGCACAUAUGAUUUUACUCUUUUGCAUAUGUAAAAGAAAAAGAAAUAUAACUUUCUAAUUUUGCUGUA